GUUAGCGAUGGGAGCAGGGGAGACCGGAGAGUGUUGGAUUGUGGAGAGGGCGAAGGAGGAGCUCGAGAUGCUUGAAGCCAAGCAUCCCAAUGGAUUUGAUCACCUCAAGCUGGAGCUCAAAUCCUUCAUCUUUGAUGACUCCAGCUCCUUCGAGCCUCCUCAUUCCUCUGCACCCACUCAGGCAUCAUCGAAUCGCAACAAGAGGAAGAAGAGAGAAGGAGAAGCGUGGGAGGAGACGAAGCUCCACGGCUCAUCAGCGGGCAAGAAGAGGGAGGACAGGGCGGAGAUGGCCAUUGAAAGAGCAAAGGAUUGCUUGAGGAGGAUCAGACUCGUUAAAGAGAGCCUUUUUCCAUUGUAAUUAAUUAAAGACUGCUCGGCGAGUAUCGAAACUGUGGGUUGUAAUCAGUCCGGAUUGUUAGUUAGUAGAAUUCUAAUUAGAGUAGAAUACUAGUUAGUAGAUAGUUUUCUAGUUAUUGGAUAAGAUUAGAGUUGUAAUCUUAAUCCUAUAUAUAUGUAAACAA